GGGAGCGGCAAGAGGAGAGCCAGACGGGGAGGGGGGCCCUUGUCCUCGGGGGGCUGGGGAGGGGGGCUCGGCGGCCGAGGGAUUUCCUCCCCCCCUAUUGUUCUCGUCCCUCUGCGCCCCCGUUAAUCUCCCCUCACGCUGGGGCGGGGGCAGGCGGGGGGUCCCCCCCAGUGCUGCCGUUACAUGGUGAGGUGGGGACGCCGCCAGCACCCAGAGAAUGGUGAAUAACAUUGAAGACCCUCAAGAGGCUUUAUAACGUCCCAUCCCCAUGUAAAGUAUGCUCAGAACUUUUCCAGUAGUGGAUUGUACAUUAGCUCUGUCACGUCUCCUGGAGUUUGAGUGAUCUCUUCACCCUGCUCUCCUGCAGGAAUUGUAAUAAACUCUUGACUCGUAAGAAGAUUCACCAGAAGGAUGGAAAAUGCCUUGAUCUCUUUGCCAAGUUCUGUCUGCCCUCCAUCUGCCAACCCUUCUUCUCAAGAUCUUGAGUUCUGAAGGAGUCUGCUGGAAACCAUGUCUCACUACACAGACGAACCAAGAUUUACCAUAGAGCAGAUAGACCUGCUUCAGCGCCUGAGACGUACAGGAAUGACCAGACAUGAAAUCCUCCACGCUCUGGAAACCUUGGAUCGUCUUGAUCAAGAGCAUAGUGACAAAUUUGGAAGAAGGUCUAGCUAUGGGGGCGGUUCCUACAGCAACAGUACCAACAAUGUCCCAGCAUCUUCCUCUACAGCCACAGCUUCAACACAGACCCAGCAUUCUGGGAUGUCCCCAUCACCGAGCAACAGUUACGACACCUCCCCACAGCCUUGCACUACUAACCAGAACGGGAGGGAGAGUAACGAGAGGUUGUCUGCAUUCAACGGGAAGAUGUCACCUACCCGCUACCCGCUUGCAAACAGCUUGGCUCAAAGGUCAUACAGUUUUGAAGCUUCUGAAGAGGACUUGGACAUUGAUGACAAAGUGGAGGAACUGAUGAGGAGGGACAGCAGUGUGAUAAAGGAGGAAAUCAAAGCCUUCCUAGCCAAUCGGAGAAUUUCCCAAGCAGUUGUUGCACAGGUAACAGGUAUCAGUCAGAGCCGGAUCUCCCAUUGGCUGUUGCAGCAGGGGUCGGACCUGAGUGAACAAAAGAAAAGGGCAUUUUACAGAUGGUACCAGCUUGAGAAGACAAAUCCUGGGGCUACGUUAAGCAUGAGACCCGCUCCUAUCCCAAUAGAAGAGCCAGAAUGGAGACAGACGCCUCCCCCAGUCACAGCUACCUCUGGGACCUUCAGACUACGGCGAGGCAGUCGGUUCACAUGGAGAAAGGAGUGCCUGGCUGUUAUGGAAAGUUACUUCAAUGAGAAUCAAUAUCCAGACGAGGCAAAGAGAGAAGAAAUUGCAAACGCCUGUAAUGCAGUUAUACAAAAACCAGGAAAAAAGUUAUCGGAUUUGGAGCGAGUUACCUCCCUUAAAGUGUACAAUUGGUUUGCCAACAGAAGGAAGGAAAUCAAGAGAAGAGCCAAUAUCGAAGCAGCAAUCCUGGAGAGCCAUGGAAUAGAUGUACAGAGUCCAGGAGGUCAUUCCAACAGUGACGACGUUGAUGGCAAUGACUACUCAGAGCAGGACACUUGGCAAGUACGCAAUGGGGAGGAGGAGGGAAGAUGUUCAGAGGGAGGCAGAGAAGCAGAGAAGGUAGAAGAAGACAGGAGGAUCUGCUCCAAACAAGCAAGUUACACCAUUCACGCCACACGCAAUGAUGACAGCACUAGCCAUAGUGACCAUCAAGACCCCAUUUCAUUAGCCGUGGAAAUGGCAGCGGUAAACCACACCAUCUUGGCAUUGGCCCGGCAAGGAGCCAACGAGAUCAAGACAGAGGCUCUAGACGACGACUGAUACAAAGAAAGGGGAGGGUCAAAGCAAGAAGUAACUUAGUUUUAGACGUAGCACCUUAGCAGACUUUCCUCGGUCCUUAAUAUGUGUUCUUACAGUAUAACUUUGCAGUUUCUUGUACGUCAGUUAGCUGUUAGGGUCUUGUUCUGUGAAGAUGGCAUGGUGCCCUCAGCCUUUGCAUAUACUCUCUCAGUAUUAAUUCCCAAUAAAUAAUCAAUCAACCAACCAACCUCCCUCUCCCAGCCCCAGUGGCUAGAAAAAUCUUGCUGCUCUGUCUUAGCAUUCAAAGUGCUUCCAGGUAUUUUAGACAGCCCUCAAUUACAAGUCUUAGGCUACACUUAAAAAUCUUGGAUACCCUUAGAGAUCGUGUUAAAAAACCCCCUAGUCUGUACGCUUUUCCUUCUCUGAGACUGAAAGGAUGCAAGCUGAGGUAGUGGCACAGGGUCGAUGGACACCAGAUCGGGAGUAUCAGCAGAGAGUAAAAAGAACACUAGAAACCCCACUUCAGCAUGGGAAUAAAUGAUUUCCAGCUGCAAUAAGCCGUGCCUCACUGGUCAUACAGUGACUCGAUAUACUUUUGGGUGCUGUGCUGAGAAUGUCCAUUGGAAACACAUUCACAUAUUUCGGUUGAUGUUCACAUAUUCAACACAGACAUCCUCUACUCUCACGAGCUGCGUGGCUUAGUGGAUGAGUACUGCCUUCUGCCUCUGGGACCAUGUUUGAAGCCCAGCCUUGGGAUCAUACGAAAAAUGAGCUGAAUGUCUAAUGGACAACAGUCCACUUCUCAAAACCACUAUUCGUUAUUUGGCAUGGCUAGCAGUGCCUGCUCAGAAGAGGUCUAGACUCUAUUGAUCUGUCAUUAACAAUUUCACCUUUUCUUCUUCCUCUCGCCUUUUCUGUCCCCACCCUCCUCCCCUCUCCACUUUGCCACUUUUCAAAAGCAAUGUUUUCCAGGAAGGUAUUAAGGUCAUAAAAUGGGUGAGUGGAUUUUUACACGUCUGUGUAACUAACGCCUACGUCCUGACUAGCCUGAAAGGUUAUUGGAGAACUUUUGCAGCUGACCUUUGCUAGAUAACCAUCGUAGCGUAAAUAUUCUCCUAAAUACGAACUUUUUUUGUUUGUUUGUUUAAAGGCAGGAGGAUCUCUUACCUGAGAAAUGGGGUAUGAAUGUUUUGUGUUCUCUUUACUCUGUCCUUGUUAAGAUGUGAGAAAGCUAUACUGCUACGAGCAAUUUAAUUAAUAAUUGGAAGCCAUACUGAUAAUGGAUGUGGUAAUAUUUGUAAAGCAAACCUACUUUAAGUAGCAGAAACUAAUGGAAUUGUUUUCCUUGAUCAUAUGUAGCACUUUUGUUACUUUUUUCUUAAAGAUAUUUAUAUUUGAUAAGUCUUUUUUUUAUCAUUUGAGAAUUCAAAAUACCAAACAGCAAACUUGCAUUACAGAGUCACCCUGCGAUCACCUUGUCAUCUAGUAUCUAAAUGAUGAACUGUGUGUGCAUCUAAGAAAAUUACAUCUGCUGGCAUUGUGUGGAAAUGAUCUCCUGGCAUCCUGAUAAAAUGAUAUGUUGCUGCCGGUAAGAGGAAACAUUUCAAUGGAAACAGCACGGGAAGUGUUAGAGACGGGCAGGACUGUGUUACAUUCAAAAUAAAAAUAAAAAACCUAUGUAAAUUUUUGUAUAUAGAUACGUAAAAAUUUGCAUAGCGUUUUCACAACAUUCCAUUUUUUACCUUCCCUGUUUAUAUGGGAAUAGUUUAAAAAGGGGAAAACGGCUUAGUCUGAAGGUUGGGUUUCCCUUUUCUCCCCUCCGCUUCUGAAGGUGGAGGCAAUCAAGGGAAGUUGCUGUUACUUGGCUUGUUCUCAUCCCUUCCUCAUGCUUAACUAUCAGAUGGCAUUGCGAACUCCUACAACGUGGCUCCUCGGUGAGUUUUAAGCCAGCCUAAACCCCUCCAAGGCAUAGGCUAACUAGAUCAUCUUUACAUCUGUUAAUCUUGUGAAAAUUGCUUAGGUAAGUGCGGAGGAGAUUUUGUGCUUUCAGAGGGCACAGACUUGGCACCUCAUUGUCUCUGCAACUUUGAGGAUAGAUAGGUAGGGCUUGGCCUCGUCUUUCAUUUAUGGAUUUCAUUGGAAAAUUUAUGUGCUUUCCUUAGAUCUAGAUCGCUGAAGCAGAAUGAAGCCGUCUUUUUUUCUGUUUUAUUGCAUUUCUUGAGUAGGCAAAUUCAUAAGUAGCAUCAGGGCAGACUCAGGAAAGAAAGGAAUUGGAUCAGUGACCAUUGCAGUUUUUUUCUUAAUGCGUGUAUGAAUGUUUUGGUACUAAGGAGUGAAAGGACGGGGAGAGCUUUUAUUUCUAUUUUUGCACAGCGGAAUGAUCGAGCAAACUAUAGCCUUAGUGGAAUUUUACCUACUUAUUCAUACUACAGUCACACACCAAGCUGACAAGCAACAUCCACGAUUUAUAGUAAGGAGAUUUUAAUAAUCGAUGGCCUCUUUAUGUUGGGCUUGCCACCACCAUUUGUUCUGGCUGUUUCAUUUUAAAAAGAACAGACUCAAACUGUUGGACAGCUGCAAUUUUAAAAGAAAUAUUGCUUACUAUACCAUCUUUUUUUAAAAAAAAAAAAGUCAUUGUUUCAAGCAUUGGCUUUUUAAAACAAUAGGGAAGAACAAAAAUAGUACUACAACUUCUGUAUCCUGAUUAUAGGUGUAUCCUGAUUGUGGGUUCACGUGACGGAGGAUUAAAGGAACACCACUAAAAUUGUACGUCUGUACCGUCUAAUGUAGAAUAAUCUGGUCUUAAUUCUGUUUGUCACUGUCAGGUAGCUGCUGGUCUCAUCGUGCAUCACUACUCUAUCUGAAGGUUAAACAGUUAAACCCCUUGUGAGCAACUGGAGAUUGGCAGAUCCUCCUUGUCUUGUAGCUUCCUGGUAAACACCAUCUUCUCACCAGAGAAAAUAAAUGACUUAAACUGGGGAAUCGGACACUUUAGUUCCAUGGUGUCGGUUUUUGGGUUGCUCCUGUCUAUUUUGGCUUUUCUUUGACCAUCGAGAGGUACGAGGAAAGAGUAAGACUUCAGCUCUUACCAGGACGCUCGUGGCAGUUUAUUUCCUUUAUUCUGAAAGUUCACAAUGAACAAUUUGCAGCUACUAAUAACUUUUGGGUUUGAUGUGAAUUAGCUAAAAUGAAAUAGACACUGGUGUGAUGAUAUCAGGAGACGUGUAUGUGAUCUGGAGUAAGUGAAAGAAUUGGUGGAGAGUGUGUCCUGGAAUUUAGCCUUUGUUCUAGGGUGUUUUGCGCAAUACGGGAGUCGUCUUUGUCUUUCUGUCUCUGGAUUUUCUUGAAAAUUAUGCCUCAUUUUUGUAGCUUUGCAAUUCAGUUGCAAUUUGUUGUAGCCAAUCUGGAAUUACUGCAAUUUGUUCUCAUGUGGGUUCCCUUGAAGUGGAUCUGGUGGCAGACUAGAUCUACCUUUUUGUUCUGUGAAUAGAGAAGAAAUUAUUUAAGAUGCUUCUCUUCUGUGACGGGCUAACUUUGUAGAGUAAGUUUUGACUGUUACUUUGUCGCUCUUAAAGUCCUUAUACUUGAGUUGUUCUCUCUCACCGUCUUCUUAAAACAACAAUUUCUACCUCCACUUCUUUUUUGGGUUGUUUUGAGUUUUUUGUUGGUUGGUUGGUUUUUUUUUCCAAUUCCCCCAACUUUUUCCUGAAGUCUGAGAUCCCAGGCGUUUGCGAAAGCAUUUUGAGAUGAUAAAAGUAAGUCGACAUAGCAAUGAGUAGACAUGUUAUUUGUUGAUGCUCUAGCAUUUUAUAGAGACAUCUUCUAAAUACUCUAUAAACAUUCUUACAGUGUAAUCCCAUUAUUCAUAUGUUGGGUGUGACCAAGUUGGUCGUGAGUCAGCAGUGCACCCUUGCAGCAGUUGAGGACUCUCAUUAAGAAGAGCCUUCAGCAGGUCAAGGAAAGUGAUUAGUCCCCUCUUCAUCACUUGAGGGACCACAUCUGGAGUACUGUGUGCAGUGUUGGGCAGGAGUGAGUCCGUUGUAGGGCUGCUGAGAUGAGAGGGCUGGAGCACAUGUCAUGUGGUGAGAGUUUGCGAGAGCUGGGUUUGUUCGGACUGGCUCUGGGGGCAUCUUGUGUUUUGUUCUUCAGCUGUCUUAAUGGGCGGGUUUAGAGAAGACGAAGCCAGGUUCUUCUCAGAGGUGCAUAGCAAAAAGGUGAGGGGCAGCGGGUUCAAGUUGCAUUAAGGAAAAUCCCAGAUGAAUAUAAAGAGAAAUAUUUUCAUAGUGGCCCCAGAACCGUAGAAUAGCAGUGGAAGCCCCAUCUUUGGGGAUAUUCAAAACUCAACUGGACAUGGUUGGACUAGAGACCUCCAAAGGCCUCAUCUGACCUCAGUUAUUGUAUGAUUCUGUACAAACCUGCUCAGGUUGAAGUGUUUCCUAGUUCUGAUCUAUACAUGUUGAGUUGUUUAAAGAAAUUCUCUUCAUUUGCCGUUGGCUUUUUUUUUUCCUGUUUUGGUAUUGAUAAAAAGUUCUCUUUCCUAUUCUCCUAAUAGAGGGGAGCUUUAUUUGCAGGGUCUGGCUCCAGGUUCCAAUCAAGCCAUAAGUAAUAAAUUUCAUUAAUUAUUUGCUCUGUUUACACAGUUCUUCAGGGAUAUUUGAAUUAUUCUGUUUGUUUCAUUGCUCAACAUCAGACUGGUAAGUUUUCCAUGUUUUCGUAACAUUUGUGCUGUAGAUCAGUUUUUGCCUUCGUUUGUGAGGAUUUAUCGUUGUCUUGCUGCUGUGAGUGCAGACUUGAAAAAUUUCACAGAGCUGAACAUAUUACAGGAAAAAUUGUAGCUAACUUAGGCCCACUGGUGACUUCUACGAUAAGCUAGAAAUUUUUGGUUCAGUAAUUCAUUAAUUGGUGAUUAUCAGAAGCUGAGAGGGUAUGACUGGGAAAGAGUCACAUUAUACUCGCUUGGAUCCUCCUUUUCUUUCCGUACGUGUUUGCUGUUGGCAACUGCUAGGGAAAAAAAAAAAAGGAUACUUCACUAGGCAGACUUUACCUCUGAGUUGGAUGUUAUUUUGAAGAGAAAUCACAACGAUGUUUGCCAAUAUGGACUGCCAUGGGGUCACUUAGACUCCCAAGUGUUAUUUUUUGCCUUCAAGGUGCAUACGAACGUGGAGAUGAGUUCACCAAGAUUUUGAGUUCCCCUACGCGGUAUAAAAAUUUUCCCUCGCAGUGAGAUGCUGCUUGCAAAGAAGUAAAAUGAAAAUGUUGUUUCCCCCAGAGUCGUCAAGUCACCAAGACAUGUGGUGGUUGGAACUGGGUUUCAUGAGCAAACAGUUCUUUAUUUUUGAUAUAGAUAAGCCCAGCAAAAUUGGUAUAAGAGUUUUCAAACCUCAAAACCACUGCCCCUAAAGCACUUAACGGAGGAUGUCAUUGCCCUGUGUGCAAUCUUAACACGGAUACAAAGCUGGAUUCACACCUUUCUCUGCAAAUUACUAAGAUUCAGCAUGAGAUUUUCCCUGUAGCACUGAGAGCUGUGGAUCUUUAUUAGGAGAAGAUUUUUUUCCCCCCCUUUAUCCCUGGAAUUCUGCUUAUUUUAGAUAAUCAUUUUCUUACCAGAAGGUUUAUGUUCCUCCUCCCACCCCAGCUACAUCAUUGUGCAGCCCUCAUUCCCCAGCGUUCAUCAGCUUCUUUCAAGUUCAUUGGAUAAUUACCAGCAAAUUCUAGGGGGUUUUUUGUCGAAAGAAACUUUGCUUUUCUUUUAGACAAGGCUUCCCACCCAAGUAGCUCUCAUGCUCUUUGAAGUUAUUUAACUUGAUAAUGUUAUUUUGAUCAAAGUCUUAAGCUUGUAGACAAUAAUCUUGAGUUUGGUGUAGCUUUUAUCAUUUGGCAGGAAUCUUUAUUCACAGGAUUGGUCUUGAAAACUGUGUUACAUGUCAGUGACCCAACGUGUUCUUUCUUAUUAGACAGCUGAACAUGGUGUGUGUGUGUUAGUAGCAGUAGUCCGGGUCGUAUUGUGAUCCCGACUAAUUUAAUGGAGUUUUGCAGAGUCAGGCGUUUUCACUGUGAUUUCUUGGAAGGGAAGGUUGAUGGCCUGACCAAAAAGUACCUAGCAGUUCCCAAGAAGAGUUGCAGAGACAUUUCAUAAUACAACAUUCCCCCUUGGGCUUUUUUGCAGCUGGGAUAUUUACUCAGGAUAUUGAAUCAGUUAUUGGCCAACAGGCAUUUGGCAAGCUGAAAAGCAUGGUCCUAAAACCUUCAUUUUAGCGUCUAUUACUGUUGUCUAAUUUAUGGGGUUUAAACUGUCCGACUAAAGAUGUGGCACAUUAGUGAAAAAAAGAGGCAUUCUAGAGAUGGCAGCUAUAAACUCGAAUUGAAAAUACACAAAAAUUAUUUUUCUCCAUUGUGAGAAAUGUGUUAUAACUAGAAAAGUGGAAUUGGUUGUUUUGAGGACUGUCAAUAAGAUGACAGCAUUUUGAUGUUGGUUUUUGUCCAACAACUACAAAUUAAAUUGAAUUACUGUUAUGGCAGUGGCACCCGUGAAACAGAGAUGUGGGGAGAAAAAUUCAAACAUCUGAAGAGUUGUUGAUCACUAACCUCGGUCUUAGGUUUUAUGACUUAAAAAUAGCCUAGAAUUGUUUGUUCGUGCCUGUUUUCACAAAGGCGUCCAUUGAACGUAGGUGAUGCUGUAGCUAAGAUGGUAUCGGCACAAUUACAAUAAUCACUACAAACUACUCUCUGUUUUUGUUAAGGUUCUUCUGUCGCACUCUCUUUAUGAAAAUCCAGAUCGUACUUUAGCUUGAGCUUGCUGGAAGAAGUAAACAAAUGCAUUCUGCUUUUUCAAGAUACGCUCCGUGAUGCCUGCGGUGUGCUUAGCGGUGUAGUAUCCAGGAGAUAAUAUUGACAGCUUAUGUCAUGGAGGUGGAAAAGGAUUUGCCAUUUUGGGUGCGGGGGGGAAAAAUUCACAAAGCGUAUUUUAAGUGCCCCUUUUAAUCAGGCUGAUCAAGAAAACGAACGAAUUGGUUUGAUUGCUGCAAGGUUGCGCUCUUCCCCGUUUUUCCAGUGAGCUUUGGAGCGCUCCGGCCAACAGCUAAAGCGCGAGUGAACUAAACCCGUUGAACUGGAGUGAACUGCGUAAUGGGCCUUUGAUGUUUCUGCAUGUACGCUGCAUCUUUCACUCAGAUGGCUUGGCAGGAGGCUCGCGCUGCCAUUUAUUCCCUCUCUUCCCUCCGCUGUUAAAUGGAAGCGGGUGUAUUCUGCUGAUCAAAACAUCCAGCGCACUUCUGCUAAAUCCUUUCAAACUGCAGCCCGGGUAAUUGGGAUGGGUAGGAUAAAUGCAUAAGAACAUGGCAGUAAAAGUGAUGGCAGUUCUUUUGAAUGACUGGGUGUCCUCCUGACAUGUAAUUAGCUGCUUUAGAAAGAUGUGGAUUGGCAUGGUCAUAAUUAAAAGGAUUUCUGUCUUUUCUGUGAUUGAAAACAGAAGAUCUUCCGCCCCCUAAUUCUCUUUAAUACCAGUGUUAUUAGUGACACUUGGAACACAACUACUUCGUAAACUUAAAUAAUGACCUGUUCCUAAUGGUAACUUACAACAGCAGGGACCGAAACCGAGUUGAGUUUUCUAUGCAAAGCUGCUUCUCAUCCUUUUAAGUGGUUCCCCGCCCCCCCCCCCGCUCAUGUACGUAUUGCUCCUCGAUAAGUUUUAGAAACAAAAUGGACAUUUAGUUCCGUGACAGCAUGAUUACAGAUUACCCAGGGUGCUGGUUCAGCCCUUCUGGAUUUGUUACUCGGUUGUAGCGUUGAGGAAGAUCAGCCAUGGCCCAGUACUCUGCUGAAUUACCCUGCCCGCAGGCAGAGGGUACCGAUUGCGCUCCUGCCCCCGGUUCCUCAAGCAGGGAAGGUAACCAGCUCUUCUGUGCCACUGCAAGUUCUCCCUCGUCGUGUCUCGGUUUGGAAGCCUUAUCAGCAGUUAUUGCCAAGUUUAUAUAGAACCGUAUUGGCCUCGAGCUGUCUGCUGUCUCCCAUUGCAGUUAGCGCAUUGUGGUGUUACGAGCUAACUCACCUUUUUCUUCAGAAAUCUCAAAAGAGCCUGCAACUGGAUAGUUGACUGAACAGCGUGCUUGCCAUUCACAACGGGAGAGGAUGUACGGUGAUGACCUAAAAUAACAUCGUAAUCUUUCUUGAUAUGUUGCUGGAUUCUCAAAAAGCAUCUGUCGUAGGGUGUUACGUGCCUUUUUAUUCUGUGUUUUUUGUGAGAAACGUUCUCUGUUGACCGAUCUUGAGCACUGCAGAGCCUGUGCUCCGUUUUUGCCCUUAAGUUUCUUGACCGUAUUUUUGCAUAGUGCUGUUCGCCUGCCGUAGUUCCUUAUCAGACAGGUUUCCGGAGGUUUUUGGUAUGCAAAGAUGUGCAUAGAGACUCUUAGUCAAAUUUAGAAAAAUUAGCAAGUUCCUAACUCCAACAGAUUUGCAGAAGAACUUAGGAACAUAACUUCCUUAGGCUCUUAUUUAAAUCCUUCAGUUACUUUUCAGCUUCUUGGUGCUGGAAUACUUGCGCAAAUCUCAUCCAACGUCACUGUGGUUCAGAACAGACCUGUGGGUCAUGGCUACUUCGGUUCUUCCGGCGCGGUUGCCGCUUGUGGUACUACGCUCACAGUAGCAAUGGUAGCAACUGCUUUUCUAGGAUGUACGUUUUGAGACGUUAACUUGCUGCUGUCACUGGUCUCAAUCCAGCUUCCUAUCCUCCUCUCUCCACCCUUUCUCCUUUAACUAAUUAAAGUCUUCCAUGUUAUGGCAAGAUGGCAUAUGUAGCUUAAAUAACCCACCUCUAUAAUUAAGAGGUUGACUUUAGCCUUCUGAGAUAUAUUUUACAUCAUCUGAGAUUUAAAAAUACAUUUUACUUACAAAGUUUAUCUGUCAAAUCGCUCAAGGAGGGCAAAGAGAUAAUGAAAGUAAAUUAUUAAUUAAUAUUUCUCACCCAAUAUAUUCCAUUAAGAAUAUUAAGCAUAUAUUCCAUUCCUCAAAGCAUGUUUGACUUUGGAUAUUUUUUUUUUUUUUUUUUAAAGUCUGCCUGCUGAUAAAGCUGCUGCUAUCUCUCUUUGACAGGACUGUAGUGACAGUACUGAAAAUACCCUUCAGGAGCUAACCAGAGCCAGGAACUCAGAAUAUCAACUCACUGACCAGUUUUUCCUGUACCAGAGUGCAAGCCAUUGCAUUUAUGCACUAUGGCAAGUAAGCAGAUCUUUUCAAGACCAAAGCGACAUAGGCUCUCCCUUGCCACAUUCAAGCUGUUCUUCUCUUCAAAAGGUUUGAUACGAUUUUGGAGUAGAAGGUAGCAGCGGGAGCAUCUUACCUUUCUGCGUAUCGGAGAGUGAUCUGAGUUUAGGCGGAAUUACAGUGGGUUCAGAAUGGCAAAGGCGUGUUGCUGGGAAAGACCGGGUGUAUUGCACAACACGUGUAGCUACUACCCGAGAAGGGUAAAUAUCUUGGAUGCUUUAUUGAUGAGAUAGUUGAAGCCGCUCAUGAAAUGCUCUGAAAUCUCCAACGUAUGUUUCUUUGUGCCAGCGUGUCUUCGUGGCACACCAUAUGGCAUUACAAAGUUCGUUUAGGAGUUGUUACUGGAAUUUGAGACGUGCUUUUGUUCACUUUGUUGCAGAGGUAGUUGCCUGUCAGUUUAGCUGACAUUGAGAUCUUGGCACACAGCUGCUCGCUGGGCACUAACAGUUUAAUUCUGCAACUCUUCCUUCCUUUAGAGUUCUUUUAAGUCACAGUCCUCUUUCUCCAGGUGCUUGGAGAAAAGAAAUACUAUUGAGACGAGGGAACAGAUCCACUCAUUUGCAGAGCUAUCAGAAUUAACGUCAGUUGAGAAUCUGCCCCUGCAUCUCUACAAUACUCACUUGUUAAUGCUGAGGUUUGUAGCAGAGCAAGAAUAAAACAGUCGUGAAGUUGCAUUUGCCAGUAAUUCAGUUCAGUCAAGUAGGCUUGAAAAUGAGGCAUCUGAUGAGGAGUUAAGAGGCAAUGAAGUAUCCAUGGACAUUAAGAAGUUGUUUGUAAAUGUGUUGAGAGAAAAAAAAUAAUGAUUCCAUUUAUGUUUCUAAAUCCAUUGGAUACAAAUAGUAAAAUUUGUAAAAAGUUAUGGGGAAAAGGCAGACACUCUCAAUUAGGGGAUUUAUUUAUUUUUUUUUUUUUACAUUUGGAAGGGCAGGAUGGUUCAUUCAUCCCGUUGGAUGAAGUAAAUAGAAUAAGGAGUUUGCAUCAGGAUUGCGGGAGGCCAUCUAAUAUUCAGGGUCUCCUUGCAGGUGAUAGACUGGUCCCUUCUGGCCUUAAUUGUAAAACUAUGAUUCCAAAGAGGUAGACUUGUCUUCUACUCUUACCGUUAUAACCUGUUCAUAGUAUUUAAUACUUUAUAGAGAAUUGAGUACUAGAGGGGUUCUCUGCAGUAAGAACUUCUUUUAAAAGUAUGACUUUCCAUCAGAGAACAUAUUGUGCCUUAUGUCUCUAAACCACGUGAGGUUCCAGUUAUGUAUGAUAAAUAUCUUUUUACGCUUUGUACUUCUGCCAUAAUGGGAAUCAAACAAAGGUAGUUUUGGUACCAGGUGGUUUCUGUUUGCUGCCGUAUUACUUAGAUUUGCUCCAGUAUCUUACAGGUUCAGUCUCUAUUCUGCUGACACAGCGAUGCAUACUUUCAUACCAGUCAGUGCUGAGCAGCUAAAGUAGCGCUGGAACGGCAUUAUUCUGUUCAACUGUUAUUUUUGGUUCUUAUUUGAAAAUAUACAAACAAAACCCCUAACCAAAAGCCCGGGUCAAUCCGAAUUUCUGAUCCUUUGUUGCCAUUCAUUAUGUUAGACAUUCGGGUACCUGAAUUCCAGUUGUUAAGUGGACCUUGCCGUUUUUUUUUUACUCCUACCCGAGAACAUUCAACAUGAAAACCAUUCGACAUGAAAAAAAAAAACUUGAUCAGUCAUGAUCAUUUCCUCUAGCUGCAGUGCCCCAAGCAACUGGUUUUUACAAAUACUUUCAUCAAUUGCCAGAGUGCUUCAAAAAAUAUCACAGCCACCAGAAUCCUCUUGCUAAACCGAUGUCUCCUCCUGUUUCCUACACUGAGCCCGUGUUUCCUUGAAGGAAUUCCAGACGAGUGUUUUGAGCUAUACCUCCUCCAACUGCUCUGAGCCAUUCACUUUCCUCUGAAGUUGAUUCUUGUUGGUACCGAUUUUGUCGCACGUUAUUUUCCCAAAUUUCUGUUCUUCUCAGAGGGAACUUCUUUGAUCUUUCAUCCAAGCUCCUUCACACCCCGGUAAUCCCGUUUUACCUGGUUUGCCAGUGGUUUUCUCAUAUUGAAGUGCUCUGACCUGAACCCGUUGUUCUUACUGUCUCAAAAUAAUGGCUAUAUAUUAUUUCCAUCCUGAUAAAAAGCAAUCCAGUGUAGCGCAGAGGUUUAGAUUUGGUUCAGUCUUAGGAAAUAUUCCGAGCUUUCUGCUAGCCAAAAGGCCUUGGGUUUUUCCAGCACGGUUAGUUAGCAGCCCCCUUCCCUUCCCUCAUUUCAGUUUUGACACUUUGAUUCGAAAAUCAGGGAAAUAGUAACUUUUAAGUAUAAUUUUUUUUUUUUAAUGACUUCUUGGACUGUGGUGGUUUUUUGGUUUUUUUUACUGGGAAGACUGGUACUGAGCUGUGCACUCCAGCAGAUACUCGACAACGUUCUAGCAAAUUACUUGGGAAAACAAAGCUCCAUCCUAGAUAUGGCAGUGCUUCUGAACAGACUCAUUGGAGGUGUCUUGCACACAGCGGGCGUGCUCAGGUUUAUCUCUUCGCUUUGGUUCUUUGUGCUGUUUGUUGUUCGCUGCCUCUCCCACUCCUGUUAGGACUCUCCGUGCCCUUUCUCCUCUUCCGCAGGUGACUUUUCCGGUGUUAAUUUUGUUCCUCCCUGCUUUCUCUUUGUUUCUCCUUCUCUUUACCCUGUACAGGCACUUUAUUACCUUCACACCGUCAAGCAGCAUAUUUAUGGUUAUUUUUUAAUUCCUUUAAUCCUACUUUAGUCCAAGUCAAGAGGCAUUCCCCUUUUGCCUAUUAGAUGGUGCUGCAUCAAUUGCUUACUUGAAGUCUGGAUAUAUAUUGUCCACAGAGAAUAUAAAUAUGAAACAUUUUGUCUACUCCGACCAUUAAAAAAAAAAAAAAAAGCUGAUAAAUUCAGUCAAUUUACAGCAGGUUCUUCACUUGCAACCUCUUGUGUGAAAUAAGGUGGUUCCAAGGUGUUGGACCGUGGUUAACAGAGAGGGACAAGGUAGUGGUAUUUUUUUUUUUCUUUCAUUUUAUUUCGUCUUGCUUGCACUUUGUGUUGGCAGCUGUCUUAAUUGGUGCAGUUGGUUUUUCUUGGUUAGCGUGCUGUCGUCCGCUUUUUUAAUGCGAGGGUUUGGGACAGGGUGCGUGGAUUUGCUGCCUACUGUUUCCCCUUGUACUUCAUUCACCCAGGGCUUGGGAACACUUUUUACAGCCAGAGUAGCUUUUUAUU